UCGGCCGCAUCUGUCACAGACUUGUCCUGAACCGACAGCGGCUGGCCCCGCUUGACGAGCCGAUGGCGCGGCCUGGGAGAGCCCGGGAGCCGCUGCUCGUGGCGCUGCUGCCGCUGGCGUGGUUGGCGCAGGCGGGCCUGGCGCGCGCCGCGGGCUCUGUGCGCUUGGCGGGCGGCCUGACGCUGGGCGGCCUGUUCCCGGUGCACGCGCGGGGCGCGGCGGGCCGGGCGUGCGGGCCGCUGAAGAAGGAGCAGGGCGUGCACCGGCUGGAGGCCAUGCUGUAUGCGCUGGACCGCGUUAACGCCGACCCCGAGCUGCUGCCGGGCGUGCGCCUGGGCGCGCGGCUGCUGGACACCUGCUCGCGGGACACCUACGCGCUGGAGCAGGCGCUGAGCUUCGUGCAGGCGCUGAUCCGCGGCCGCGGCGACGGCGACGAGGUGGGCGUGCGCUGCCCGGGAGGCGUCCCUCCGCUGCGCACCGCGCCCCCCGAGCGCGUCGUGGCCGUCGUGGGCGCCUCGGCCAGCUCUGUCUCCAUCAUGGUCGCCAACGUGCUGCGCCUGUUUGCGAUACCCCAGAUCAGCUAUGCCUCCACAGCCCCGGAGCUCAGCGACUCCACGCGUUAUGACUUCUUCUCCCGGGUGGUGCCACCCGACUCCUACCAGGCGCAGGCCAUGGUGGACAUCGUGAGGGCACUGGGAUGGAACUAUGUGUCCACACUGGCCUCCGAGGGCAACUAUGGCGAAAGCGGGGUUGAGGCCUUCGUUCAGAUCUCCCGAGAGGCUGGGGGGGUCUGUAUUGCCCAGUCUAUCAAGAUUCCCAGGGAACCAAAGCCAGGAGAGUUCAGCAAGGUGAUCAGGAGACUCAUGGAGACACCCAACGCCCGGGGCAUCAUCAUCUUUGCCAAUGAGGAUGACAUCAGGCGGGUCCUGGAGGCAGCUCGCCAGGCCAACCUGACUGGCCACUUCCUGUGGGUUGGCUCAGACAGCUGGGGAGCCAAGACCUCGCCCAUCUUGAGCCUGGAGGACGUGGCCGUCGGGGCCAUCACCAUCCUGCCCAAAAGGGCCUCCAUCGACGGAUUUGACCAGUACUUCAUGACUCGAUCCCUGGAGAACAACCGCAGGAACAUCUGGUUCGCCGAGUUCUGGGAAGAGAAUUUUAACUGCAAACUGACCAGUUCAGGUACCCAGUCAGACGAUUCCACCCGCAAAUGCACAGGCGAGGAACGCAUCGGCCGGGACUCCACCUACGAGCAGGAGGGCAAGGUGCAGUUUGUGAUCGAUGCGGUGUACGCCAUUGCCCACGCCCUCCACAGUAUGCACCAGGCGCUCUGCCCUGGGCACACAGGCCUGUGCCCGGCGAUGGAACCCACCGACGGGCGGAUGCUUCUGCAGUAUAUUCGAGCUGUCCGCUUCAAUGGCAGCGCAGGAACCCCUGUGAUGUUCAACGAGAACGGAGAUGCGCCCGGGCGGUACGACAUCUUCCAGUACCAGGCGACCAAUGGCAGUGCCAGCAGUGGCGGGUACCAGCCAGUGGGCCAGUGGGCAGAGACCCUCAGACUGGAUGUGGAGGCCCUGCAGUGGUCUGGUGACCCCCACGAGGUGCCCUCGUCUCUGUGCAGCCUGCCCUGCGGGCCGGGGGAGCGGAAGAAGAUGGUGAAGGGCGUCCCCUGCUGUUGGCACUGCGAGGCCUGUGAUGGGUACCGCUUCCAGGUGGACGAGUUCACAUGUGAGGCCUGUCCUGGGGACAUGAGGCCUACGCCCAACCACACAGGCUGCCGCCCCACACCGGUGGUGCGCCUGAGCUGGUCGUCCCCCUGGGCAGCCCCACCGCUCCUCCUGGCCGUGCUGGGCAUCAUGGCCACUACCACGGUGGUGGCCACCUUCGUACGGCACAACAACACGCCCAUCGUCCGGGCCUCGGGCCGAGAGCUCAGCUACGUCCUCCUCACCGGCAUCUUCCUCAUCUAUGCCAUCACCUUCCUCAUGGUGGCUGAGCCUGGGGCCGCGGUCUGUGCCGCCCGCAGGCUCUUCCUGGGCCUGGGCACGACCCUCAGCUACUCUGCCCUGCUCACCAAGACCAACCGUAUCUACCGCAUCUUUGAGCAGGGCAAGCGCUCGGUCACACCCCCUCCCUUCAUCAGCCCCACCUCGCAGCUGGUCAUCACCUUCAGCCUCACCUCCCUGCAGGUGGUGGGGGUGAUAGCAUGGCUGGGGGCCCGGCCCCCACACAGCGUGAUUGACUACGAGGAGCAGCGGACAGUGGAUCCCGAGCAGGCCAGAGGGGUGCUCAAGUGCGACAUGUCGGAUCUGUCUCUCAUCGGCUGCCUGGGCUACAGCCUCCUGCUCAUGGUCACAUGCACGGUGUACGCCAUCAAGGCCCGUGGCGUGCCCGAGACCUUCAACGAGGCCAAGCCCAUUGGCUUCACCAUGUACACCACCUGCAUCAUCUGGCUGGCAUUCGUGCCCAUCUUCUUUGGCACUGCCCAGUCAGCUGAAAAGAUCUACAUCCAGACAACCACACUAACCGUGUCCUUGAGCCUGAGUGCAUCGGUGUCCCUCGGCAUGCUCUACGUACCCAAAACCUACGUCAUCCUGUUCCAUCCAGAGCAGAAUGUGCAGAAGCGAAAGCGGAGCCUCAAGGCCACCUCCACGGUGGCAGCCCCACCCAAGGGCGAGGAUGCAGAGGACCACAAGUAGCAGGGCAGGUGGGACCGGGACUGCUCGCUGCCUCUCCUUUCUUCCUCUUGCCUCAUGGUGGAAGCUAUAUAGAGCCCAGGUCCACAGUGAACAGUCAGAAGCAGGGAGUUUGUGAAGACCACGCUCCGCAUCAGGGG